GACGCAAGACGCUAAGCUGCCAUGGCAACACAGACAGUUCGCAUGGCAACGGCGGCAGCUUGUCCCAGUAACCGAAGAUGAGAACUAGCUGGUUUAGCGCGCUGGUUAACCUCGUUAACCAGUUAAACGAUAUAAGACCAGCUUGUUAACUAAGUCAAAGUCCGCGUGGUAAGAAGGAGCGACUUAUCGCGGUGUUUUGUCGGCAGCGAGAGUGCUAUGACCGUCCGCUUCAAGAGUCGGAGUGAAUACCAGAAAAGCUACCGGGUCCCCCGGUCCAGGAGUGUGUCCCCUCAGCGCUGCGCUCCAUUGGCCGGCCUGCGCUCCGACCAGAUGGGUGUCAGCAGAGAACCAGGUCUCCAGCGUCGGAAGAGGCCCGGUCCUGGUGGUCUCGCUCAGUCCCGGGGUUCUCUGUUCUGUCCUCCAGACCCGCAGCACUCAACAGCCCCCCCUGCUGCCUCUAGGAGGCGCUCCGCCCCCAGGAAAGAGUCUUCCACGAAGCCAAAUCCUCCAGCACCCCCUGAAGCACGGGCUGACACCGGAUCUCCCGUAGACCCAGAACCCCCAGCCGGACCACGACCUGCUGCGGACCCAGAACCAUCAGGAGAACCAGGAGCUGUGGUCACAUUUGCGAAGCCCCGCCCCUCCGAGCACGAUAGCCAACCACAGCUGAGCCGACCGUUUACGGCAGCGCCCGAUGCACGCCAGCCCUCGGCCAAUGAGGUUCAGCACGCUCUGCGGUGGAGGGCGGGGCUGAGGACCGGAGGUCAAAGGUCAGGAAGUCAUAGGUCAGAGUAUCGCAGACAGUUCAGCUGGAAGAAGCCUGCACCUGCUAAUUCACCCCUACUGUACGCAGAACAGACCAAUGAGAACGGACGGCAGGAGUCCGAGAAGAAGCCCCGCCCCGAUGGCCCCCCCCCUCGGAAAGAUGACGCCACUCCGCCUUCUCUUCCUCCGCAAGUGCAGAGAGGACACAGGAUCCCAGAGGGGGGCGGAGCCACGGCCCUGCCUGCCCUUCAGGUGGAGGAGUUGAGGCAGAAGGCCUCGUCCUACCGCCUUCGAGCCUGGGGGGCUAAUUUCUCCAGAGACCACCUGAGCCAGCUGCUGUCCGAACACAACGCCCUGUGGGAGCCAUCGGACUCCACCGACUCGGCAACUGACCCCCCCACCCCCCGCCUGACCUUUGACCUCUGUCGUGACGCUGAGAGACACAGCACUUCCCCUGUGGAGGCCCUGGACCUGGCCAGUAACUCCAGUAAGAGCUCGUCCGCUACGGGCUCGGGAAACAAAAACAUAGAAAAGAAAGCACGGACACCUCCGAGUCCUUCUGCUAAAACACGUUCGGCCUGGGGAGAAGAAGAAGGAGGAGGACAGGGAGGAGAAGAAGAAGGAGAAGAAGAAGAAAAAACAGAUGAGGAGGAGGGAAGAUUACCGACUCCAAGGCUGAAGAUAGGACCGGUUCAGAGAACUCACCAUGACCUCACCACACCUGCCACAGGAGGCGCUAUACUGGUGGGAAAACGGAAGAGCCACGAUGAAUCUUCUCCGUAUAAACAGAGGUGUGGGUCAGCUGUUUCCAUGGCAACGGGGGCGGAGACUGCGGUCGACGUGCCAGUCAAACCGAAGGUGGCGUGGCCGGACCACAACUCCACCCACCACCCCCCCACCUCCUCCUCCCCUCCAUCUGGCCCCUUUCUAGACCACAAACCAGCCUCGAGUCCCACCUCUAAACCAAUCAGGACGAAGCAAAAGCCUCCGCCCCCCGUAGCCCCGCCCCCGCUGGUCCUGCCCCCCCAGCACUGCAUCCAAGGCACUCUGAGGCACGCCGACUUCCAGCACAACGACGACCGUCUGUCGGAGAUGUCGUGGCGUUCUGCGGCCUCCUGCUCCGCGGCGUCUGCCGUGCUGGAGCGCGCUCAGAAGAGACGAGAGAACUUCUGGGGAAAGACAUGACACCCCCCCACCACCACCACCCCCCCCGACCUCUGAUGUCACUGCUGUCGCUAUAGGAACCAGCGCAUUGUUUGCAGAGCUGAGUCUUUAGUAGAUCGAUCAAAAAUGAGCGAGAAUCAUGUAUUUUUAUAGUUGGGAUUAAUUUCAAUGUGUGUUUUUAUAGAUGGAUUCAAGGUGUUAGGAUGAAGUCAUUACUUUUUACAAAGUAAUGACUUUUUUUAAUUAAUAUAGUAAUUAUGUUCACUCAGUAAUUACGUUUAAUUAGUAUUUGUUGCUGACUGCGAGGUUGCUGAAAUCAGGGACAUAAAAGGGACAUAAACACAGAUUUAUUGUAGUUUUUUAAGUCAUGACAGACUGAUGGAAAUCCGUAACAUAUGAGGGGAAGUUGUACGAGAAGUUGUAAAAAUGUGUUUGUUAGAAAGAAGCAGAAGUUGAACCACUCACACUUCGGUUUGUUCCUCGUGAAUGAAUGACGUUGGUCGAGUUUAGAGGAAAUCUGUGUAAAUUUCAUCUUCCUCAGCUGCAGCUCCAGUUGCAGCUGUGAUCAUAGGUUCAUGAACCCGUGCUGCAGUUGACUUAAAAAGAGGAAUAAAAAAAAUCCUCUUUUGGAAAUUGAUCUUAAUGCCUUAGUUAAAAAAAUGAGGUAAAAUCCAACCUUUUAAGGACACCGAUUGUCUUUGUGAAUGAAUGAUGUUUCAUAAAUAAUAAUCAUUGUUCAAUGAGGGGGGGGGGGGGGGGGGGGGGGGGGGGGGGUGUUGAAUGUUUGAUAUCAGAAAACGUUUCAAGAUAUCGAAAACAUUAAACAUUCGGACGCUUAUAAGUCUCAGUACAUUGAAGACUAAAAGUCUUGAACAUAAAAACCGGAAGUCUGAGUCUUUUCAUUGGAUUUAUAAAAUCAUCUAUUUGGUUUUUUAAAAUUUUCCUAUAUCAGUGUUCUUUUUAUUCAUCCCCAAAUAACUGAUGAUGUCCAACGCUCUUGUCUUGCCAAGUACAAAUCUCUACUUUCAUUAAUUUUGGUCUUAUUACUAUUUUAUAGCAUUGUACACAAUUGAAGUGUUGUUGAAUAUGGUUGAUAAAAGUUGACAUAUUCCAGUCUGUAUUAUCAGACAUCUUCCUUUAAUUUUAGUCUCAAUGAAUUCCUAAUUUUCUUCUUUUCUAACUCAAACAUCAGGUAUAAUUUCCUAUAAAUGAAGUUUAUUGACCAUAAAUUCCAAAAAUAACCCGUAAAACUAAAGUGACAAACAUUGAAAAAAAGGGACAAAAACUUAAAAGAGUUUAAAACAUCGAUUAAAAAGCGUCAAAAGUGUUGAUUUUCAAUUCUGACGGGAAGACAACACGAGGGUUAAACGCUAAGCACCAUCUGAGCGUCCUUAUUUUGGAUUUACCUCCAAACUGAGCGGCUCAGUUGCGAGUCGCUGCGGUUCAUCGUCCGGAGGUUAUUUCCCUUUCGUUGUUAACUAGGUGUUCCACUUUAGUUUGCAUCCUCCAAACUACGUACAACACGUUGCAACACGCCGUGACUAAUGUCUCUUUUUGUGACGCGCAGGUGACGUAACGCCUGAUUUGAUGAGUUUGUGGAACUAGUGCAAAAAAAAUGGGACGCAACAGAAGUGGUUUGAUGACAAUAGUGGCUGAAACUAGUCAAUAUGAGAAAUUUAAAGGGACAUUUUUUUAGGUUAGGGUUCAGAAUGAGCGUGAGUGAAAUGAGCGUUCACUUGAACCACUUCUGAUUGAACUUGUUCGUUAUACACUCAGUAAUUUGCAAAUUGGCUUUAUUUUCUGGUCUUAACCCUUGUGUUGUCUUCCCGUCCACCAGGAAUUUGUUGUCCUUUUGGGUCAGAAUUUGAAAAUGAAUCGUUCUUGACACUUUUCAAACUUUCAUCAAUUGCACUUUUGAAGAAUGUUCUAUGGCUUCCAUACAACGUGCAUGCGUCCGUGUUAUUUUGGGUAAUAUAGUAUGUAAGAAACCCAUAUUUCUGAUAUAAAAACUGGUCAAAUUGGACCCAAGGACGACACCAGGGUUAACAACUACUCAAAGCGCUUUCACAUAGUACAGGAACCAUUCACACUUUGCUUAAGUGUGUCUUGCCGUUCAGUGUCUUGCCCAAG